AUGGCACUGAGAGGGAUUAACAAGGAACUUCGUGAUUUGGCCCGUGACCCUCCAGCACAAAGUUCUGCAGGUCCAGUUGGGGAUGAUAUGUUUCAUUGGGAAGCCACCAUUAUGGGACCUAAUGACAGCCCAUAUCAAGGUGGUGUAUUCUUUUUGACAAUUCAUUUUCCUACAGACUACCCCUUCAAACCACUUGAGGUUGCAUUUACAAGAAUUUAUCAUCCAAAUAUUAACGGUAAUGCCAGCAUUUGUCUUGAUAUUCUAAGAUCACAGUGGUCUCCUGCAUUAACUGUUUCUAAAGUUCUUUUAUUCAUUUGUUCACGGCUAUGUGAUCCAGACCCAGAUGACCCCCUAGUGCCAGAGAUUGCACGGAUCUAUAAAACAGACAGAGAUAAGUACAACAGAAUAUCUCGGGAAUGGACUCAGAAGUAUGCCAUGUGAUGCUACCUUAAAGUCAGAAUAACCUGCAUUGUAGCUGGAAUAAACUUUAAGUUACU